AUCAUGGAAGUCCUACCACAACUUCAAGCAGUAAACAAAAACAUCCUGGAAGAGCACUUGCAGUCCAUUGGAGUCGAGACGUAUGAUGAUCUACGCUUCGUAACGGAGGCUGAUUUGAUGACAGCAUUAAGACCUGUAGAAGCCAGAAAGCUUCUUUCUGCUUGGAAACAGAAAUACCACACUCCCGAGAAGAGUUCACCAUCAUGUGUGGAAGCCUCACCUACCCAAUCGCUGCCAUCGCUCUCUGUUUCACCCCAAAGUUCAUCGUCAAGCUCCUCCAGCAGCCCAGGACUUGACACACAGUGGGACGUCAACUUUGAAAUUCCAUGGAGUAAAUUUCCUGAGGAAGUGAUGCAGGCUUUAGAGAGGGGAAAAAGGCCUGGCCCAAAACUAAGGAGGCAAAUGGUCCGGAUUGUUGUGACUGAGAUGAUGCAAAAAUGCCCUCAUGUAGGUAAAAAGCAUUCAACUGACGGUGCAACAAAAAUGGUGGCAAAAUAUCCCAGUUCUGUCCAAGAUGUAAUAGAGGGUGAUAUUGUUGGAACAGGCUACCAUUCCCUUGUCAAACAGUUGCAAAACAGAAUUGAAAAUGUGAGGCGCACUUCAACACCCAAAAUAAGAAAAAGAAAACAUCAGACCGAUGACUCGGACCAAACAGACGAGAUCCCAUUAGAAGACAGAGCAGCACUGCAGGACACUUAUGGAUGCAUUAAAUGGAAUGUAAAAUUUCUGCCCCUUGAAGAAACUCAAGAGAGCCAGCAGCAAAAGAUGGAAAAACUCAAGGUGAUGUUCCAACACUCUGAUGCCAAUCCAGAGGAGAUAAAAUGUUUAAUGAAGUCCACAUUUUACACACAGCGUCAACAUGUCAACCAGGGAAAAAGUAUCAAAUGCCUUAGAGAGGAGUGGCCGUUUUGGUUUGAAGAACUUGUCAUGUCAGUCCACUUUAUGGAACUCACUGGGAUUGACCUCAAAGAGACAUUCACACGAAAUUUGGAUUUGAAAGGAAAAAGGCUUCUCGACUACAUGACCACAGUUUGUGUCAACAAGAGCAAGAAAUUCCUUCAGAAUUAUGCAAGGCUUCAGAGGAUCCGGGGACUGCAGAGUGGCUGUUCAGAUGAUGUGAUAGAGAUGAUCCUGCUUCUGCUCAGCUACUUUGAUGAGAAGGAGGAGUCCAUGUUCUUCCAUGUAGAAGAUACAUGUCUGGCAGAAGAGGUCCAACUGGAGCAAGUGCCUCUGACACCCGUUGUUAUUGUCUGUGGACAGUCCUGCUAUUCCUCCACAAGGUACAUGCUGAGUCUGGAUCUGAACCUUAUCAACACAAACAUCUCCUCCUUCAUUUCUGCAUUGUGCCUCAUGUUCGGGAGCUACUACUGUUUUAAUAUUCACUAUCCAUCUGAGCUGGCUUCAACUCUGGAGUUUCUUCAAAGGUGAGUAAACAUGGCUUACUUAUUUCUCAGACCUGGGACUCUGGGACCUGGAGUCCGGCUCAGAGGUCCCGGUCUUAAUCCGGACCUUAACUAAGGCCGGGACUCAAGACCGAGAGUCAGACCCAGACAUUGAUGUUAUUU